AUGUCCAAGAAUAAGAGCAGUGAGUCAGUGAAGGUGGUAGUUCGAUGCCGCCCUUUGAACAGGAGAGAGGAGUCCAAUGGGCCAGCAGGGGGCAUCGUACAGAUGGACCUGCGGCUCGGGCAGGUGAUCCUCCGAAACCCUCGCGCGCCGCCCAGCGAACCCCAGAAAACAUUCACGUUCGACGCAGUUUAUGAUGCGAACUCUAAACAGCGAGACUUGUACGAUGAGAGUGUGCGACCGCUGAUAGAUUCGGUGCUCGCGGGGUUCAACGGUACCAUAUUUGCUUACGGGCAGACCGGGACAGGGAAGACGUACACCAUGCAGGGGGCGUGGAUGGACCCGGAGAAACGAGGAGUGAUACCCAACGCCUUUGACCACAUCUUCACACACAUCUCCCGCUCACAGUCGGACAAGCAGUACCUGGUGCGGGCGUCUUACCUCGAGAUCUAUCGGGAGGAGGUCCGGGAUCUCCUGGAUCCCAACCAUGGCAAUGCCCGGGCCCUGGAGCUCAGGGAGAAUCCUGACACCGGGGUAUAUGUACAAGACCUCACGUCAUGCGUCUGCAAGAGCAUCAAAGAAAUCGAGGAGGUGAUGAACGUGGGCAACCAGGCGAGGGCAGUUGGGGCGACAGACAUGAACGAACAUUCUUCCAGGUCCCAUGCCUUGUUCCUGAUCACAGUAGAGUGUAGCCAGCCUGGACCAGACGGGAGGAAACACAUCCGGGUUGGUCGCCUUAAUCUGGUGGACCUGGCUGGCAGCGAGCGCCAGGCCAAGACAGGCGUCCAGGGAGAGCGCCUGAAGGAGGCCGCCAAGAUCAACCUUUCCCUGUCAGCUCUGGGGAACGUGAUCUCAGCGUUGGCGGACGGGCGCAGUAGCCACGUGCCAUACAGGGACUCCAAACUGACCCGUCUUUUGCAGGACUCUUUGGGUGGGAAUGCUAAGACUGUCAUGGUGGCCACUCUUGGCCCGGCACCCCAGCACUACGAUGAGACCAUCACCACCCUCCGCUACGCCAAUCGAGCCAAGAACAUCCAGAACCAACCCAAAGUCAACGAGGACCCUAAAGACGCCCUGCUGCGUGAAUUCCAGAUGGAAAUCGCUCGCCUCAGGGCCCAGCUCAACCACAGGAAGUGGAGGAGCCAACAGAAGAAGGAGCUGGUGGACGGCGAGGGCUGGGAGAGAGAUGGGGAUGAAGAUACUGAGGGCGAAGAAGGGGAGGAGGUGGAGAAGGAGGCAGAGGAGUACGUGAAGCAGGAAGAGCAGCGGCUGGAGAGGGAGAAGGAGGCCAUCAGGGGAGAUCGUUCCCUGUUGGCUGAAGAGAAGCAGAGGCUUCUGGGGGAGAAGGAGAGGAUGAUGGGGGAUCUGAGGAAGGAGCAGGAAGCCGCCGAGCAGCUGACGGCCAGGUACAAGGCAAUGGAGAGCAAGCUGCUGGUGGGAGGAAAGAACAUCAUAGAUCACACCAAUGAGCAGCAGAAGAUGCUGGAGAUGAAACGAAAUGAGAUUGCUGAGCAGUCACGCAGAGAGAGGGAGAUGCAGCAGCAGAUGUUGGUCCAGGACGAUGAGACGCUGGAGCUGAGGGAGACUUUUACUUCUCUGCAACAGGAAGUGGAAGCCAAGACCAAGAAACUCAAGAAGUUGUAUGCCAAGCUUCAGUGCAUUAAAGCGGAGAUCCAGGACGUUAACGACGAGCACGUGAGGAGCCGGCAGGAGCUGGAGCAGACUCAGAACGAGCUCACCAGAGAGCUGAAAUUUAAGUAUCUGAUCAUAGAGAACUUCAUCCCUCCUGAGGAGAAGAACAAGAUCAUGAACAGACUGACGUUUGAUCCCGAGGAGGAUCAGUGGAAGUUUCAACCUCUCGUCCCUGCUGAAAGUAAAUCCUUGCAGAUGAAGAAAAGGCCGACAUCUGCAGUCGGAUACAAACGACCCAUCAGCCAGUAUGCCAGGGUUGCCAUAGCGAUGGGAGCUCAUUCCAGAUACAGGGCGGAGAACAUCAUGUUUCUGGAGCUGGACAUGACUCCUCCAAACACCGCCUCCCUGGAUCGAUCAGCGGAGGCCGACCCCAACCAAAGUCCCUCUCUGGACAACUCCCCCACCAAGGACAGAGUCCGCAAGUCUCGCUCCUGGUGCCAGACUCCAAAAUCCAUCACUUCCUCCUCUUCCAAUGUUUCCUUGGCGGCGUGCCACACCGCCACGCCCGCAGCGGCGCAGUGAAACUUUGAUGCUUCUGCAAAUAGUUUUUUUAUUGUUAUUUAUUUACCAGAAUUCUUCUUUGUCUUUUUUCUCUUCUUCUUCUUCUUCUUCCGGUGCUGGGA